AAAUCUCACGGGAUUCCUAUUGAAGAGCUUUAUACACGCACCUCAAGAAAACCCAAAGACGUCAUUAUGGUUGACUGGACUGAUGCUGAGCGCAGUGCCAUCGCCGCCCUGUGGGGAAAGAUCAACCCCGAUGAGAUCGGACCCCAAGCCCUGGCCAGGCUCCUGAUCGUGUCUCCCUGGACUCAGAGACAUUUCAGUACCUUUGGCAACCUGUCAAAUUCCGCCGCCAUCAUGGGUAACGCCAAGGUGGCCGCACACGGAAGGACCGUGAUGAAUGGACUGGACAGGGCCGUGAAGAAUCUGGAUGACAUCAAGAACACUUACAGUGACCUGAGUGUGAUGCACUCUGAGAAACUGCAUGUGGAUCCCGAUAACUUCAGGAACCUGGCUGACAUCAUCACCGUGUGUGUGGCCAUGAAGUUCGGCCCCUCUGUCUUCACCGCCGAUGCCCAGGAGGCCUGGCAGAAGUUCCUGUCUGUCGUUGUCUCUGCUCUCGGCAGACAGUACCAUUAGAUUCUGCAUCGAGCCGCUUGAGAGAAACAGCAUGACCUCGUAGCGCAAUGCUAAGAGAAUGUUCUCACAAGAUAAAUAAAUAAAGUCAGUCACAAUCA